AUGACUCCGACGUUAGAAGAGGCCGAGACGCACGUGAGGAAUUCGAACAUUGACGAGCACACGAUGGAAAUCCUCGCCGCAAUGCUUGUAUCGAAAAUGGACGGUACGGAAAAACGGUGACGUGGCAUUCCUGAAAAUGUCAAAUUCAGAGUGGCAUCUGGUGGCCGAUCAGAAGACGUCCGAAUCGAUUUGGGUGAUUCUGACGGAGGCCGCAAGACGUGGCAAAAUCAGUGAAAAACUGGGCGAUACAGAAGUGGCGAAGCGAUUGGAAAGAGUUUUCGAGGCAUUCUUACAAACUGCCGAGAACAUGCUCAUUUCUUUGAUUUUUCAGAAAAUUCGGCCGAAAUUAGAGGCUCAGCUCCGGACGAUUCAGUGGAAUUACGAUGAAAUAAUUGACUUUGAAGUGCGAGUUUCGAAAGUGAAUAAGGUGAAAUUCCAAUCGGAAUUGGUUCGAUUUAAACUCAUAAUAUUGCAGUCCUCCCUGUUCGUGGACCCAACUGCUCAGAGGACUGUCGUUCAUCUGAAAGUGCUGCCAACGGGAUCGACGGAAGUGAAAACGCUCGUCGUCGAUUUCGACGAAUCACAGUUGGAAGAGUUCAUUUGGAAGCUGCAAGAAGCCACCACGAUGAGGGAACGAAUUCAAAUGCGAGUUGAGGAUGGAUAA